AUGGUUGCACCACAAUACUUCCCGCGGAUCAUCUCCGCUGAGAUUGACGGUCGCACGCAAAAUAUCAGAUAUCGUCAGAACCAAUUCCACCGCUUACAGUCAGCCCUCGUCCAGCAUGUCGACCAGAUCAAGGACGCUCUGCUCGCCGACUCCGGCCAUGCCCCGGAGGAAGUCCGCGCCGAAAUCUGUCUCGCUCUGAAGGAGCUUCGCACACACUAUGCGUCGCUGGAUCUGACCAAAGACCUUGAGGAAGAGUACCGAGUCGCUCAUGGGAAGGAUAAUCGGGAUGGCAAGCGCGGCGCGGGCAUCGUUUACAUCGUCCCCUGCACGCAUACCAUGUUCUUCUCCAUCGUCUCGGCGUUGAGUGCUGCGCUGGCCGCGGGGAACUGUGUAAUUCUCGAGUUGACCAAGAACACCAUGGUCCUGCCAGCGCUUCUGAAGAAGAUCCUCCCGCCCGCGCUGGAUGCAGACACAUUCGCCAUCAGCGAAGAGAGGCCCGACGCGAGUUUCCUGAGUCGAGUGGUCGUGCUGAGCCAGAAUGAUGCAGGCCCGGUUUCUGGGAAAACUAUCUCUUCCCCAAGCACCGCCCACACCAUCGCCGUGGUCGACCGCACGGCCGACGUGCCGGCCGCGGCAGAGGCGCUGGUUGCGGCGCGCUUCACCUUCGGGGGUCGCUCGCCGUACUCGCCCGAUGUUGUGCUCGUGCAGGAGUUUGUUAUGAAGGAGUUUGUCGAAGCAGUGCUGCAGCGCUCGUCGAAGUACCUGGGUGGCCAGAACGGCGAGGCGCGACAGGCCGUCGCUAACCCCCGGCGGACCAGCCCCGGGUCCUCGCUGCUCGACGCGGCGCAUAAGGAUGCUGGCUCGUGUGUGCUGGUCUCCGGGUCUGAAUGGGGGGUUGUGGAGGUGCUUGAUCGGAAAUCGCCUCUGCUACAAAGGAAAGUCGCCGAGAAGGUGCUGGUUCUGCACCCGAUCACUAGUCUGGACGAUGCCAUUGACUUUAGUGCUUCACGCGGUACCCUGGCUGCGACGUAUGCCUUCGCUGCGCCAGCGUCGGCCAAGUAUCUUACCCAGUUCAUCGACUCCUACAUUUCCUGGGUGAAUCAUGUUCCGACCGAUAUGCUGAUUGGACCGGCCUAUCCCAUCAACCUCGCUCCCAGCCCUGCUACUCGCUACUCGACGCUCUCUUUGCAGGUGCCUCGACCACAGCUCGUCACUCCAACUGACAACACCACGCUCGCUCAAACCGUCCUCAACACCAAGAACAACAAUUGGAACCAGGUGUGGACGGAGAGCCUGGCCCCGUUGCCCGCGAUCGGCCAACGAGCCGGCAAAAAGAUUGGGUUCUUCGAACAAGGCAUCAUCACAGGAGGCGUGAUCCUGCUCUUCUCCCUUGCCGCCACCGUCUCGACAAUGGGGUUUUAUGGCUUCUCAGCCGUCAAACGACUUCGUGCAUAA